GUCUAUGUUUUAGACGGGACCAAAUUGGAUUGCACCGGGUGUAACCAACACGUAAAUCUCAGUUAGCUUUAGAUUCUUCUCGUCGUACGCAGUGGUAUUGUUAACAAUAUACACACGACAAUUAAUGGAUACUAAUGAAAGUCGUUGGUGUAGCAUUAUGUAAUAAUUAAGCCGCUGUUGUUGUCGACGUCUUCCGUCUAGUUGUUUUCAACAUUAGCUGUCCCGUUAGCGAGCUAGCCUCUUCAGCUAGGUACAGUGGCGUAUGGGUGUCAGAGCUAACCGCGACUACACCGGGUGUCAGGUUGCCUGAUCUCAAAUUUCGGACACGUCAAGGUUACUCACAUCAGUAUCUUGAUUUUGGGGGCUGUGAUGUCAGAUCCCAGGACCCCCACUCCAGCUCCUGCCGGUGACACAUACAAAGGAUGGGUGUUCAAGUGGACAAAUUACAUCAAGGGUUAUCAGCGGAGGUGGUUUGUCCUGAGCAAUGGGUUGUUGUCAUACUACAGGACCCAGGCAGAGAUGGGCCAUACGUGUCGGGGCACAAUCAACUUGGCCACAGCAAAUAUAUCUGUGGAUGACGCCUGCAACUUUGUCAUCUCUAAUGGUGGGUUACAGACAUAUCACCUGAAGGCGAGCUGUGAGGUGGAACGUCAACGCUGGAUCACUGCCCUUGAGCUGGCCAAAGCAAAGGCAGCCCACAUGGAGCCUGAGUCAGAUGAUUCUGGGGACGAUUUCUCAUCAUCAUCUGCACCUGUGGCACCAGGACAAGGUGGGGGGUCACAUAAUUCAGAUGUCCAGUCUGCUCUCAGAACACUAAGCAGCAAGGUGGAGGAUCUCAGCACGUGCAACGACCUGAUCUCAAAGCAUGGCUCUGCCCUCCAGAGGUCUUUAUCAGAACUGGACAGUUUGCGUCUGACUGGGGAGGCUGGGGAUAAGAUUCGUCAGGUGACGGAGAGGGCCACACUGUUCCGUAUCACCUCCAAUGCCAUGAUUAAUGCAUGCCGAGACUUCCUCGCACUGGCACAGGCUCACAACAAGCGAUGGCAGAAAGCCCUUCAAGCAGAACGGGGGCAGAGAGUGAGGCUGGAGGAGACUUUAGAGCAACUGGCUAAGCAGCACAAUCACUUGGAGCGGGCAUUCCGAGGGGCUGCACACGCUAAUGCUUCUGCAGACAUUAAAAGUGCUGCAGGACCAGAAAAAGGUGAAGCCAGUGAUGAAGACGAUGAAAAUGAGUUCUUUGAUGCCAUGGAAGAAGCUCCUGAGUUUAUCACUGUACCUGCAGACCCACAGUUCCACAAAAGGUCAAGCAGUAAUAUCAGCGGUUUCAACAGUGACCUGUGUCCUGAUGAUCAGUCGCUUAAUGAGGAGCCUUUAGCGAUGAGCCAGGAUUCCCCCUCUCAGGACCUUGUGCCCUUGAAGAAGAGACGGACGCGUAUCCCGGACAAACCCAACUACUCUCUCAACUUAUGGAGUAUCAUGAAAAACUGCAUCGGCAAAGAGCUGUCCAAGAUCCCAAUGCCUGUGAACUUCAAUGAGCCCAUUUCCAUGCUGCAGCGCUUGUCUGAGGACCUCGAGUACCAUGAGCUGCUGGAUAAGGCUGCCAAGUGCCAUAGCUCCCUGGAGCAGAUGUGCUACGUGGCUGCCUUUUCCGUGUCCUCCUACUCGACCACCAUCUACCGCACGGGCAAGCCCUUCAACCCUCUUCUCGGAGAGACGUACGAGCUGGACCGCCAGAGAGAGAGCGGGUACCGCUCCCUCUGUGAGCAGGUGAGCCACCACCCACCUGCAGCUGCACACCAUGUGAUCUCUGACCGUGGCUGGACUCUGAGGCAGGAAAUUACUGUUGCCAGUAAAUUCAGGGGCAAAUAUUUGUCUAUUAUGCCGCUGGGCACAAUUCACGCAAUCUUUGAAAAGAGUAACAAUCACUACACAUGGAAGAAAGUUACCACCACAGUGCACAACAUCAUUGUAGGAAAACUGUGGAUCGAUCAGUCUGGAGAGAUAGACGUAGUCAACCACACCACUGGAGACCGCUGCCAUCUGAAGUUUGCUCCUUACAGCUACUUCUCCAGAGAUGUGGCCAGGAAGGUGACAGGUGUGGUGAUGGACAAGGAUGGCAAGGCCCACUACGUGCUGUCAGGGACAUGGGAUGAGAAGAUGGAGUUUUCACGGGUGAUGCAGAGUAGCCGAAGAGGAGAGAACGGCACAGAGGGCAAACAGAAGACUGUCUAUCAAACCCUCAAAGCCAGAGAGGUGUGGAGGAGGAACCCUCUGCCUGAGGGAGCAGAGACCAUGUACUAUUUCACUGCUUUGGCACUGACCCUAAACGAGCCUGAGGAGGGCGUGGCGCCCACCGACAGCCGGCACCGGCCUGACCAGCGACUGAUGGAGGAGGGUCGUUGGGAUGAGGCCAAUGUGGAGAAGCAGCGGCUGGAGGAGAAGCAGCGCAGCGCCCGGAGGGAGAAAGAGAGGGACAGAGACAAGGCGACUGCCAGCCAACGCACAUCCAGCCAAUCAGAAGAAACUGUCGAUGAGGACCAAUUUAUUGAUCCCUCCUUAAAAAGCACACCUCAUGACAGCCACCAGGCAUGUUGGUUUGAGCGUUGUGAGGACCGGACCACUGGUGAGCAGGUUCAUAUCUAUAAGGGAGGGAUCGUGGCGGCUGGGAGGGCUGCCCAGACAUAUUUUGAGCUCAGCGUUGCCCUGAAGAGACUCACCCAUUGA